AAUCCUUCUUUGACAUUGAUGAGCGGAGAUACAAUGAGUGACCGGGACUACUCCGCAUCAAAGCGGGCAUGUCAAGGCAAUCGGUCCCGCUCGACUCGGGUCCAUAUAUUUUAUGUGAGGAGAUUGAACUCCGAAAAGUAGUAAAAUUGACUCUACUCGGGGUCCGAUCCAAUGUUUCCUUUCUAGUGUCGUUAGCUUGUCUGCAAUUUUGCAUCUCCUCAGCUCGCUGCAAUUACACCAAACCCAAGAUCGCCCUCCCGAGAAACAGGGGAAAUUAAAGAGACGAUGGAAAAAGAGGGCUGAAUUCACUGCGUUUGUCUUUGACCCUUUGCUCCUUAUUGCUCCAACCACCGAGAGAGAGAUGACGAUCGAAUUGAAUAUGGUGGUUGAAGCGGACGGCAAAUGGUGCUGCCUACACAGAAGAACCCGACAAAUCACUAAGCAGAUAUAGGCACCCUUUGAGUUUUUCAACCAAAAAAGCAGGACGUCUCCGUCUCUCUUUCUCUUCACUGUCAGCAAAAUUCUGGCUUUAAGGCCAAUUUUUGGGAGAUGGGCAAGAAGCGUGUUAUGCUGCCGGCGAAGGAUGUCGACUUGUCUGCAGUCAAGUAUGAACCCGAAGUCAUCCAAGCUCCCCACUUGACUGGUCUCGUAUUGAAGUUGUUCAUCAAGAUUAUCGAAGCGCCGGUAAUUGGUCCAGCCAUUAUAUCCUACUUGAAGAAGCAGAACAAGAUGGUUGAGACUUUGAGGAAUACUGUUAUACCAGAGGCCCCGAUGUUCAAACCCGAAUUUCCUCCUCAAGAUCCAGAGCCUGGUACGUUUCUAUUGGAAGAAGAUGGGAAACCUGAAGAGCGGGUCGAAACUGCUCUAAAAUGUCUUCCAGAAUACAAUCCUGCCGAUUCCUUGAAUUCUGAGCUGACUGAAUUCCGAUAUUGGAAGAUACGUGAUUUUGCUUAUGCAUACCGCUCUAGUCUUGUCACCCCAUCAAUGGUGGCAGAACGCAUCAUUGCAGUUAUUGAGGAUUUCAAUAACGAAAAACCUCCAGCACCUCUCUUAAUAACCUUUGAUGCUGAAGAAGUUCGAAAACAAGCUGUGGCAUCUACUAAGAGGUUUGAAGAAGGGAGGCCAUUAUCGACAUUGGAUGGGAUUUUUGUGGCCAUAAAGGAUGACAUAGGCCUUUACCCUUUUAUAGCUAAGGGCGCAACUACAUGGAUGGAUGAAGUCCGUUCGACCAAUGCAGAUGCAGUCUCCGUCUCGAGAUUGCGAAGUUGCGGUGUGAUCUUUGUGGGCAAGGCAAAUAUGCAUGAGUUGGGAAUGGGAACAACUGGAAAUAAUCCGAACUAUGGAACAACAAGAAACCCUCAUGCACUAGAUAGGUACACGGGUGGAUCUUCAUCAGGACCUGCAGCAAUUGUAGCUUCUGGACUAUGCUCUGCUGCUCUUGGAACUGACGGUGGAGGUUCAAUUAGAAUUCCAUCUUCCCUUUGUGGUGUGGUGGGCUUGAAAACAACGUAUGGGCGAACCGAUAUGACUGGGUCUUUAUGUGAUUCAGGUACUGUAGAGAUCAUCGGACCAAUUGCAUCAUCUGUUGAGGAUGUCAUGCUGGUGUAUGCUGCUAUUCUCGGGGCAUCUCCUGCAGAUAGAAUCAGCUUGAGACCGGCCCCGCCUUGUUUGCCUAAUUUGGCAGCAAGUGAAAUCGGGUCCUUGAGACUUGGAAAAUAUACUGGGUGGUUUAAUGAUGUACAUACAACUGAUAUCUCCGAUAAGUGUGAAGAUAUUCUUAAUCAGCUGACCAAGACCUAUGGCUGUGAAGUGGUAGAGAUUGUUAUACCUGAGCUGCACGAGAUGCGGACAGCUCAUCUUGUUUCGAUUGGGUCUGAAACAAUGGCUUCACUGAAUCCCGACUGUGAGGAUGGUAAAGGUACACGACUGACUUAUGAUACGCGGAUCAGUAUGGCUCUUUUCCGCUCAUUCAGCGCAUCUGAUUACGUAGCUUCCCAGUGUCUGAGGCGAAGAGUAAUGCAUCAUCACAUGGAGAUUUUCAAAAAGGUUGAUUUCAUAGUGACCCCAACAACAGGAAUGACCGCACCGAAAAUACCGACUAGUGCUCUUAAAUAUGGGGAGACAGACAUGCAAGUUACAGGUUACCUAAUGCGGUUCAUCCUGGCAGGAAAUCUUCUUGGCCUUCCUGCCGUUUCUGUCCCUGUCGGGUACGAUAAGCAAGGCCUUCCAAUCGGUUUGCAACUGAUAGGUCGCCCAUGGGGCGAAGCUUCACUUUUACGUCUUGCCUCUGCUGUCGAGGAACUCAGUGCCGGUUCUAAGAAGAGACCUGCAUCAUUUUACGAUGUUCUGAAGACAAACUGAACCGAGCUAACACUGAUUCUCGUAUCGUCCCAUCGAUGGCUAUAUAUAUUUAUAUAGGUUCUGUGAUUGGUCUCAAUUUGUGUAUGAUCACCAGUUGAUCCCCAAAGACAACUCGUUGAGGUGCUUUUCGAACAUUUCCUGUGAAUCAUCACUCGUAUUUUCCAGUCACUGUUAGCGGUUCUUUCAA